AUGACCAACAACGAAAAUUUACAGAUGGAAAUUCGAGAAUGGAGGGGGUUGCGACUUGCGAGUGAGGAACACCAGAAACCCGGACCGCGUCGCUAUGGUAACUGGGGUUUCUGGGCCCCAUCCCACCCGUUUUUGUUGGAUCAAACCCUGGAACCAGUUCCCAUGACGACAGUUGCCAGUGGCCUCAGCACAACUGAAGUAUGGCCCGCGGGAAAGGAAUUCAUUUACGACUACCACACCAGAGUUAUCGCUGGAAUGCCCAUGAUUAAGGAACAGCUCACUGGAUUCGGUCUCAAGUGCAUUGCUCGCCUCCAAGUUGUCUCCCCUGACACCAUUUUGGUUAAACUGACCAAGUGGGAGUCUGGAAAGAUCAACCAUGAGGUGCCCCAGGCCAGACCCCUGGUGUACAGGGCCAAGGCCCCCAUGGACUGGUCCCCGGUCCAGGGUGAGGUUGAGAACCUGCUUUCCGAGGCCUUCAAGGUGAAGCUGAGGAACGGACUCGUCACCAGCCUGGAAGUGGAGGAACACGAGCCCACCUGGUGCGUCAACAUCAAGAAGGGUUUCGCCAGCCAGAUCAACAUCAACUUGAAGCAGACCAACAAGAUCCCCUUCCAACUGACCAACACCAAGCGCUGGGAAGACAAGUCCUUCAGGCACAUGAACAUUCCCUCUGCUGAACGCACCUUCUUUGCCGUUGAAGAGGACUCCAUGGGAGGCAAGUGCAAGACCGCCUACGUCGUUGCCCCCAUCGAAAACUACGUCGCCGUCAGCGAGGAAUGGGACUUGCCUCGUCACAUCCUCCUGGAGGCUGCCAGUGAACCAGAAGCCCGUCCCUGGCUCGUCACCAAGAUCCGCGACUUUGACGAAUGCGAACGCCGUCCAUCUUGGGUCCACAUGAACAUGAAGGACAUCACCAAUGAGCCAUGCAACCCAGCCAACGCCAUGUGCCACAAGUUCUCUACCCCCCUCGGAAUCAAGACCGAAAGGAUGUGGACUGUUUCCAACCAAACUCUGACCCUGUUGUCCGAGCGCCCAAUCACCUCCCGCAUCGAAUUGAGGCACGAGAAGCUGACCAGCACCCACCUGAGGUUCGAGUUCCCCGUCGUCGACCAGGAAACCCGCGAGAACCCACGCCUCAACGAGGACCCCGCCUUCGCCGGGUUGCGUCUCCCCAGAGAACAGACCAUCCGUGCCAACAAGGACAAGGUUGCCGAGAGGAAAUACUCCAAAAUCAACUACGAACGCAGGGAACACAGUCGCCCAUCAUUCAGCGAACCCGGCCAAUACGGGUCCCGAGAAGCCGAUUGGCAACAGAGGAGGCCCAUGAACAGCUACGAAAGGAGCCACAUGAAGUACGGCAGCAGGGUUGGCCAAUCAUCUGAAGAAGACGAAGAGAGACAGGGUUCCGGCUACGGGAGCAAGAGGCUCAUGAAGAGGCAAGUGACGAUGGAAAAAAAAAACACCCGAGCUGAUGAAGGAGUGCUUGAUGGUAGCCAUAAUUUUGGGCUGCAUAAACUGUCCCUGGAUGUCGGUUCAUCAUCUAGCUCUGAGGAGUCCCAAGAUGAGAUGAGGAACUGGGACAAUCAAUACAGCCCACGUGGUCCCCAUCAGGGAGAAAGGUACUUUGAAACUCAAGUCAUGAAGUCUGCCUACAGCAGGGACCUCAGGAUGUACUACCCCACGCUCAAGGUGCCUUCUGCCUGGAUGUGCCCCCAAACUUCCUCCAAGAUCAUCCGUUCUUCUGCUGUCAAGGGACAGAUCAUUGAGCUCUUGCGUGAAGUUGUCUCUGAGAUCAGCAACUUCGAAGACUUGGCUGAGAAGGAAUCAGCUCUGAAGAUCCUUCAGUGCGCCCGUGCUUUCAGCAUUCUUUCCUAUGGCGAAAUCGCUGAAGUUUAUGAGAAGAUCGUCAGCUCCAGCACUUCUCCAGUCAACGCCAGAACCAAGAAGACUUUGUGCUUGGAUGCCCUCGUCAUGUCUGGCACUCACCCAGCCAUCAUGUUCGUCAUCGACCUCAUCAAGAAGGGAGAAGUCAAGGGUGAAACCGCUGCCCAGGCCCUGUCAACCAUCCCAAUCUCCGUCAAGGCCAUCACUCCUGAACUGCUCGCAGAGAUGGUUAUGGUCAUCAUCCAUGCCCUUGGCAACACAGGACACCCAGGCAUCAUCCCAGUGCUUGAGGCCUGCAUCACUGGCCAGAUCUGCAAGGACACCCAAGUGCGCACCAAGGCAGUGAAUGCUUUGAGCAGGGCUGCCAGGGUUGCCCCAUCCAAGGUCUACAAGCUCCUCAGGCCCAUCUAUGCCAACCAGAAGAUGCACUAUGCUGUCCGUAUGGCCGCCUUCCAAGUCUUGCUCAAGUGUGAGCCAUCCCCAGUGUUCUUCACUGCUGUGGCCACUGACACUUGGUUUGAGCCCAGCCAACAGGUUGGAUCCUUUGUCUACACCACCUUGGCUGCCCUUGCCAACAACACUGUCCCAGUCUACCAGAAUGCAUCUCGCAUGGCUGAGAUGGCUUUGCCCUUGUGCAAGAAAUACGAGCUCGGAGCCCAGUACUCCAGGAAGAUCAUCUUGUCGAACUUUGUCCCCGAGAAGAGCAUGGGUUCCUUCCUUCAAAACGUUAUCUUCGGCUCCACCAAGUCCUUCAUCCCAAGGCUCUGGUACACCAGGCUCAUCAAGAGGGCAGGUGGCUUCAACUGGGACAUGCUUCAGACUGGAUUCUACGCUCAAGGAGUUCAAGAGAUUGUCAACAAGAUCACAAGGGUCCUCAGCCCAGUGAGCAGCUCGGACGAAUUGUUCUCUCUGAUGGAUCGCGUCUCUGGAGCAUGGAAUCGUGGCGAAGAGCCACUGAGCGCCAUUUCUCGCGAAUUGAACCUGAAGCUGAGGAAGGAUGACCCAAUGAGUGUCAUGGCUUGGGUCAAGGCAUUCGGCGGCAUGGAACGUGUUGUCACUGCCAACUACCGCACUUUGUGGGAACUGGUGAAUGACGUCAAGCCUCACUUCACUUCCUCCGGUGUCGGUGUCAAGUGGAACAUCAACUACCAACGGGCUAUCAACCCAGAAAGUAUGACUGUUGUGUUGCCAACUGCCUCCGGUAUCCCAAUGUACUUCUCCAAGAAGACCCCAGUGCUCGUUUCCAUUCGUGGUCACAUUGAAGUUGAAGCCGAUCUGCCAAACCUGUCUCAAAAACGCUUGCCAGAAGCAGGAAAGAUCAAGAUUGACCUCAGGCCAGUUAUCAGCCAAAACACCCUCUUGGAAAUGGGUAUUGUUUGCCCAAUCACCGACAAGAACUACAUCGCUGGUGUCAACACUCACAACCUCGCCAGCUUGCCCUUCAAGGCCACUUUGAAGAUCAAUGUUCCAGAGAAGCAACUGAAGUUCGAGAUUGAGCCAAGCAGUGGUCCACUCCCAGGCGUCAUCUCUCUCGCCCACUCUCAUCAAAGACCAUUCACUUGCGUCAAGAACUUGGAGGACUUCAGCCCAAUCAACAAGGUGUCCAGUGUCAGAUGGAUGCGUAACGUCACCAUUAUUGGCGAAGAAAUGCUCGGAAUCCCCAUCAGAAUCCUCAGCAAGGUCGAUCAUCCAUUCAGCGACAUGCUCGGCAGCUACUGGAGGCUCAAGAGGCAGAACCUCGUGUCCGCACUGUUGUUCAGCACCUCCCCAAGAUCCCUGCGCAACUUCCAAACCCGCGUCACUGUCGACACCAGCAGAUGCCAGACCAAGAAGAUCGAAGGAAAGAUCACCAUCAGCACUUCUGAGAGCAGCAGCCCAGUGUGGAGCUUGGAUGAAGAGUCCUCUUCCGAGUCCAAAUACUACAGCGGCAAAUCCGAGCACUGGAGCAGGACCCAAGAAGACCUCAUCAGCUUCUUCAGGAACCCAUCCAAGUACUGGGAGGAGUCUGAGGAACUGCAGUACACCCCAAUGAUUGGCAGCUCUGGUGAAUGGGUCAGGAAGCGCUUCGCCACCGAGCGGUAUGCCGAAGACUACAGCGGAGAGAAAAGUCUGGAAGUUAAUGUCAAGUCAGGCAGCAAAGUCACUAUGGUUCAUGGUGAGAUCAAGAUGGAGGGACCUGUGCCACGUUACAUUCGUGCAUCAGUCCUGGCUUCAUCCAACUCCGACGACACCUUCAGGAAAAUCUCCGCUCACAUCGAGAAGGAAGGCGGUAUGCAAGACAAAUCCUGGAAGGCAUUCGUCAACGGAAUGAUCCAAUACCCACAAUUGCCCAACACACCCCAUCGUGAGGCUCUCGUCAAGUCUGACAUGACCUCCUUGGGAUGCCUGACCGUCCGCUUCGGCAGGAACACCGAACACGCCAUCAAGGCCAAGGUGAUCAUGGCCCGUACCGGCAAACAACGUUACCUGGCUGAGGAAUCUCAAGCUGCCAAGCGUUGUGACUCAGAUGAAGCCAAGGGACUGAUGUACUCCUCAUCUUGCAUGCGUGCUCGCCAACAGGCCACCACUCUCAACAAGUACAUCGUCGAUGUUGAGGGAGAGAAUCUUCCAAGAGGAUUGUGGAACAUGACCUGGGCAAUGGACAACUACCUGAAGUGGUCUCUGUACCCAUACAUGACUGUGGACCCAACAGCCAGACACAAGAACCCAGAGGGCUCUAUUCGCGCCAUCAUCAAUGUUGCCACUCCGAACCCAGACCAUCCAUACACUGUUGUCGACCUCCUCACCAAGAAGCCCCACGAGAAUGCCUUCUUCAAAACCAUCAAGUUGCCAUGGGCCGUCGAGGCGAUGUUCCCACUCAAUGCCAAGACUCCAUGGAUCACCAAGGCUCUCAAUGAAGUCCUCGGCUACAAGUUCACCCCAAUGUGCCGCGUUGGACACGACUCCAUCCAGACCUUCGACAACGUCACCAUCCCCUACUCAUUGCCAGACUGCUACCACUUGAUUGCCAAGGACUGCUCCAGGCCAUCCGGCAUUGCAGUACUCGCCAAGCAGGGCCCAGAACUGACUAAGGUUGUCAAGCUGAUCGUUGGGGACAAGGAAGUUGUCUUGGUACCAACCCGUAGCUCCAGUCCAACCAGGCCAAAUCUGAUUGUCAAGAUCAACGGAAACGAACUCACACCAAUGCCCGAAAAUGCUCCACAUGAGAUCAAGGAACAAGGACAGGUUGUCAUCCGUAUCAACAAGAGAAGUGAUGGAGAAGUCAGCGUUGAAUGCCCAUCCAGAGGACUUCAGGUCACCUCUGAUGGCCACAACAUCCGUGUCCAGGCUUCCGCCAUGCUCAGAGGCAGGAUGUGCGGUCUCUGCGGCGACUACAACGGCGAAAAGGACGCCGAACUCAAGGGCCCACGGGGCUGCGUGCACUUGAGCCCCAUCAGCUUCGGCCGCAGCUACGCCGUGCACUCUGAAGGCUGCUCCUCCCUGCCACAACUCAAGCCCGUUGAGUACCUCAAGAACUGGAAGCACUGGAAGAACAGCGAAUACGAGCAGAUCUCCGAGCACGACAUCACCGCCUUGGCUUCCCGCCACAUGCAGUCAUGCAACAGUGAAGACUACUGGCCCGAGGGCGAGACCUUCAACCCCCACAGGGAGUCCAAGUGGGCGUCCGAGCUCAUGGAAGAUGCCUUCAGCUCCGGCAAGGAAUGGAGACGCGUGCGAAAAGUCAUUGAUUCAGCAGCAGGCUUAGGCAUGGACCAGUCCAGCCCCUGCGUGAGGCACAUCACCAAGGUCAUCGUCCGCGGGGACCAGACUUGCUUCUCCGUCAAGCCCGUGCCCGAGUGCAACCUGAGCUGCAGGCCAAACAAGGUCAUCAGCAAGAAGAUCGGAUUCCGUUGCAUCAUGAACUCCGACGUGAACGAGAAGCUUCUCGCAGCCGCACGUUUCAGCGUUCUCAGGGAAUUCUUGGACCAACAACCCCACUUCAUCAACGAGAUCCCCUUCCCUCACGCAUGUGAGAUGUACUCUCCUUGAAUUAUUGUGAAUUUGAUCGCUCAUGACUUUGCCUGACUCCUCCAAAAGCAUGAUAAAAUAUAAUUUCCAAAAAAAAUAUCAUCCUUCA